ACUUUUUCAAGGUUUCUUCCAGUGCUCAUCCAAUUCAGGUUUGGUGGGCGAUCCAUUGGCAGACACAAAACACAAGACAACAAACAGGGCCCCUUUUUUAUUACUUAUUAAUUUCCCGAUUCCCAUUUCCUUUAACAGGACGAACACGAGUAACCCAAUUUCGGAUUCUCCAUCUGUUUUGCUCCAUCUUUGGUUUCUCUAAAUUCUGUCCGUUUCGUAUUUUUUUUUCUGUAUCUUUGUUGAUUUCUACCUGAUCCGAUUCAAUUUGCGAUUAUUGAGAGUAGUGUUUAACGGGAUGAUGGAUCCUGAGUUGUUUAGAAUCGCCCAGGAACAGAUUAGUCGCAUGUCUCCUGCUGAGUUAGCCAAGAUCCAGCAACAGAUGAUGUCUAACCCCGAGUUAAUGAGAAUGGCCUCGGAAAGCAUGAACAACAUGAGGCCCGAAGAUUGGAGACAUGCUGCAGAACAGUUGAAGCACACUCGUCCUGAGGAAAUGGCUGAAAUUGGAGAGAAAAUGGCCAAUGCAUCACCUGAAGAGAUAGCUGCUAUGCGUGCCCGUGCUGAUGCUCAGAUGUCUUAUGAAUUUAAUGCAGCUGAGAUGUUGAAGGAACAGGGAAAUGAACUUCACAAACAAGAGAGGUUCAGUGAUGCCUUGCAGAAAUAUUUGCUUGCAAAGCAAAACCUGAAAGGAAUUUUGUCCUCCAAAGGUAGAGCACUUUCAUUGGCAUGCUCUCUUAACUUGAUGUCUUGUUACUUGAAAACAAGGCAAUAUGACAAAUGCAUAGAAGAAGGCUCAGAGGUUCUGGCAUCUGAUACAAAGAAUGUAAAAGCUCUUUACCGACGUGGUCAAGCAUAUAAAGAAAUAGGUCAAUUGGAAGCUGCUGUACAAGAUCUGAGCAAGGCACAUGAAGUUUCUCCUGAUGAAACAAUUGCUGCUGUCUUGAGGGAUGCUAAGGAAAAACUGGCUACAGUAGGCAGUCAUCAGGCCCCUGGAAAAUUGAUUAUUGAAGAAAUUACUGAAGAAGAAGAAGAAAAUGUGUCUUCUGGGAACCAUGAAAGUUCAUCUAGACAAUAUUCAGUGAAACAACCACAGGAAAGUAUGGGCUUCUCCAAGAACAAGAGUAGGACAAAUGGUGGGGACUUAAAGACCAAUUUGGAAGGUUUGGAAGCUAUAAGAGAUGAUCCAGAAACUAUCAGAUCAUUCCAAAAUUUCAUUUCUAAUGCUGAUCCUGACACCCUUGCUGCCAUGGGUGGUGGGAAAGCUGGAGAGGUAUCACCCGACAUGUUCAAAGCUGCCUCAAAUAUGAUCAGCAAGAUGUCAUCCGAUGAUCUUCAAAAAAUGCUUAAAAUGGCAUCAUCAUUUCAAGGGGAAAACCCAUAUAAAGGUGCCUCAGAAAAUGGCUUUGGGCCUGGAUCAGUUCCUCCAAAUGUGACACCUGACAUGAUUAAAACUGCAACUGAUAUGAUGAGUAAAAUGCCACCAGAAGAGCUUCAGAAAAUGUUUGAAAUGUCAUCCUCUUUGAAAGGGAAAGACUCCAUUUCAGCUGCAGCAGCUGCAGUACACAAUAGCAGGCAAAAUUCAGAUGCAAAUUGCAGAGUGUCAGAACUUUGGAAAGAUUCUGCUAGUAAUAGGAAUUAUGACACUGGUGAAACCAGUUCUGGUUUUCUUCCAAAUUCAAUGAAUGCUUCUCAGUCAAAUUUCCCAGUACCAACGGCUGAUUUACAAGAACAAAUGAGUAACCAAAUGAAAGACCCAGCAAUGCGACAGAUGUUCACAUCUAUGAUGAAAAAUAUGAGCCCAGACAUGAUGGCAAACAUGAGUGAACAAUUUGGACUGAAGCUUUCUCGGGAAGAUGCUGCCAAAGCUCAACAAGCUAUGUCAUCUUUAUCCCCAGAAGACUUGGAUAGAAUGAUGCGUUGGGCUGAUAGGAUACAAACCGGAGUGAAUCAUGCACGGAAGGCAAAGAACUGGUUGCUUGGGAAACCUGGUAUGAUUCUGGCAAUAAUCAUGCUCAUCUUAGCUGUGAUCCUCCACCGGUUGGGCUACGUCGGUAGUUAGAAUGUCACUCAUCCACAUCUAACAUGGUCCUAGCCAUUAAGGUUUCAACUUCGAAUUUAUCUCACGUUGGGGUCAAAAAACUGGUGUCUUAAUAUGUGAUUGCAGUGAGAGAAUUGCAACUCAGGAAAAUGUGUUUUACAGACUCAACAAAAGCUAGGCAACCAACCAUUGAUUAGUUAAUGUGUCAUCACUCAAUGCCAUGGCACUUCAUUUGUACCUAGGAGAUCAGAAUGAAGAAGGAUCUCAAAGAGGAGGUCCAAAAUCAGAAGUCCACAUGCCAAACUCAUGCCAUCUUCCAUGGAGAUUCAAUGUUCAUUACUGAAUAUAUGUCAAUUUCAUGAACAUAAGGUUUAGUGCCUAGAUAUUUUUGUUGUAUUUACUCUUUAGAUUUCAGUCAAUUCAAAAUUUGUUGAUUAUGACCGCAACUAAAUGAACUAGAUAAGUUCUCAAUGUCAUUUGCUCCUGUACUCACUCCUUCCCAGAUAUUUGUUUCCUUGAAAUGAUGGUGUCUUUUUUAAUGAUAGGUAAGAGAGUUAUGAUUUAUUUAUAUAUAAAUCUUAUAUAAAAUU